AUGGCGGACGCGCUGUCUAUCGAGCAGAACAACAAAAUUCGAGUGGCCCUCGGCCUCAAACCGCUCCCCGUUCCUGGAGCAGAAGCGCCUUCGGGGCCGGUUUUCAAAGAGACAAAGGACACGCCUGAUGAGGAUGAGCCUGGAAGUACAUUAGAGUCCCGUGAGGCUCAGGGAUUUCAGAACUGGCAAAAGUUACAAGACGAGGCUGAGGCGAAGCGCAAAAGACAGGAGAAGAAUGCCGCCAUUAAAAGAGCACGCGAUCUUGCACAGCGCGAUGCUAAGCUGGAAGGCAAGGGUCUCGGGGAGGUUGGAAUAGGAGAGCUUGAUACAAAGGCUUGGCUAUCGCAGCAUAAAAAAUUGUCCAAGAAAAUCGAAAAGGAAAGAGCCCGCAAACUUGCUGAGGAGCUUGCCGAACGAGAUCGAGCCGCUGAAUAUACCGCGGCAGACCUCGCAGGCGUACGGGUUGCUCAUGAAAUGGGUGAUUUUGACGAGGGAACCGAUGGACAGAUCUUGACACUCAAAGAUGCCACAAUCGACGAGAAUGAAGAAGAAGGAGACGAGUUGGAGAAUUUGGACUUGGUUGAUCAGGAUAAGCUGAAAGAAAGGCUUGAACUCAAAAAGAAACGUACUGCCUACAACCCUAUGGAAGCAGAUGGGACCGGCUCGAUACUAGCACAGUAUGACGAGGAGAUCGAUGGUAAAAAACGAAAGCACUUCACGUUAGAUGCGAAAGGCUCGACAAACGAAGAACGCGAGGCCAAACGGCAACAUGUCUCUGAUAUGUUGAAAAAAGAGGUCGUCAACCUCGAUAUCAUACCAGAUGCUCCCGUGUCUGAUUAUAUGGAUAUUAGUGAGAUCAAGAUAAAGAAACCAAAGAAAAAGAAAGCCAAAUCAACGAGACAGAAAGCGGUCGACGAGGACGAUAUUUUUCCUUUGCCAGACGCUGCCGGGGCAUCAAACGGCGAUACAAUGGAGCUGGAUUCCGGACAGACGCGAGUCAGCAAUGCGAAUGCCGUUCCCAAAAAGAAGUCGUACGACACCUCGUUUGUUGAUGAUGAAGACUUGCAGGCCUCUCUUGCCAUGCAGAGACGGGCUGCAUUCAAGAAGCGCAAGAACCUUCGCCCGGAAGACAUUGCACGACAGCUACGAGAAGAAAGUUCCCAGACGCCGAUGGAGGUUGACAAUGGUGACGGGGCAGAAGACGAGCCCGGUCUGAUCAUCGAUGAGACCUCCGAGUUCGUGUCGAAUCUACAGAGACCAGUCAUUUCCGAACGCCCUGAAAAGCGAACUAUGACUAUUAAUGAAGAAAACGAUGAUAUCAAAGAGGGAUCGCCGGAGGACAACUUAAGAGAUGUGGAUAUGGACGGGGAGGUCGAUGGCGACGUUAAAAAAGAAGAAGGGACCGACAAGGAAACAGCCGAGGGUGGAGGUCUCAAAAUCAGCGGUACAGGUCUGGAUGAAGAGUCGACCUUGGAUGAGGGUUUGGGAAAUACUCUUGCCAUGCUACGCCAGCGUGGUCUCGUUCAACAGUCAGAGGCUGCGGAUAUGAACUCCUUGCAUCGUGACCGUCAAAGGUUUCUCCAAGAGAAGUAUCGCCGAGAGGCUGAUGCUGAGAAGCAUGCGCGAUCUCAGCGUGAACGUGACCGUACCACAGGCAAAUUUGAUCGAAUGUCAGCUCGGGAACGUGAGGAAUAUGCACGCUGGGAAAACAAACAAAGAGACCAACAGGAGUCUCGACAAAUGGCCGAUAUCUUCAAUCGAGAAUACAAGCCUGAUGUACAACUCAAGUAUGUGGACGAACAUGGGCGUCUGAUGAACCAAAAAGAAGCCUUCAAGCAUCUUAGCCACCAGUUUCACGGCAAGGGAAGCGGCAAGAUGAAGACAGAGAAGCACCUGAAGAAGAUUGAAGAGGAAAAGAAGCGAGAAGCAAUGAGCGCUCUCGAAAGCAGUCAGCAUACGGGAAUGAACAGCGCGAUGGGUGCUACAGCUAAGAAGAAUCGUCAGGCAGGAGUACGGCUUGCUUAG